GAUUGACAGCUACAGCAACCAAAGGCAGACCUCUAAUAUAAGGCGGAGCUUUGAAGAAUUUUAUAUUUAAGAGCAAUCUUUAAUUAAUGCAAGCACAGUGUGGGGAGGCAGCGAGGUGACAGGAUCGGUAACUUGGACCCUAAGGAUCCACGGACUGAUCAUUUACUUUCCGCUGUUCACAAAUCCACCUGCUCAAAAAAUGUUGAGACUGACAGUCUGCCUCGCUGUGGUGACCCUGGUUAUUUGCUCGCAGUGCCCCAAUAAUGAAGUCUGUGAAGCAGGCCAGUCCUGCUGCCAGGAUCCCACUGGUGGCUUCAGCUGCUGCCCUUUCCAUCAUGGAGAAUGUUGUGAGGACCAUCUGCACUGCUGUCCUGAAGGCAUGUUGUGCAGUGUUAAGGACUUAACAUGUACAAACGCAACACAUACACAGCCAUUGGCAGACAGGACACUAGCUAAAAAGCCAGACCUUCCCAAAUCAUUCAGAAUGAUCUUCUCAAUGCCUGCAAGUGAAAGCGACAUCACCUGUCCUGACGGCUCCUCCUGUCCUGCUGAGUUCUCUUGUCUGCUGAUGUCUACAUCAUACGGCUGCUGUCCAGUAGCACAGGGCCUUGCAUGUUCGGAUGGGAAACACUGCUGCCCAAAUGACCAUGAAUGCAGUACUGACAGCAGCUUGUGUGUCAAGCGAAAAGUAAAAGUUCAGACUGUUCUUUGUGGAAACGGGACAUCGGAGUGUCCUGCAGAUACUACAUGUUGUCAGGCUGAUGAUGGCCAAUGGGGUUGCUGCCCCAUGCCAAAGGCUGUAUGCUGUGAUGACAAAAUCCACUGCUGCCCAGAGGACACUGUUUGUGACGUCAAAGCCUUGAAAUGCGUAUCCUCAACCAACCAGGAGCUGCCCAUGUGGGACAAAUUCCCAGCUCGCCUUAGGGCUGAAUGGGAAGAUCACAAACAAAAAAGGCCUGAAACUCAACGCACUACAGCUAGACCUACAGGCACUACAAGCACUACUACUGCAGCUAACCAAAUGACUACGCUGCCUGCCGAACACCAAGGGGUGUCUUCAGAUGUUGCUUGUAACGACACUGCGGCCUGUCCUGAUGGAAGCACUUGCUGUAAGACUAAAGAUGGAGGAUGGGCCUGCUGUCCUCUGCCUGAGGCCGUGUGUUGUGAAGACUUCAUCCACUGCUGUCCUCAUGGUAAGAAAUGUGACGUAGCUGCGGGGUCCUGUGAAGACCCUUCAGGCUCUGUGUCCUGGGUGGAGAAGGUUCCUGUCCGUCCUAUUAGAAAACAGAAAGUGGCUGUUACACAAGUCUCUUCAGUGUCUUCAGAUGUUCCCUGUAACGACACUGCUGCCUGUGCUGAUGGAACCACUUGCUGUAAGACUAAAGAAGGAGAUUGGGCCUGCUGUCCUCUGCCUGAGGCCGUGUGCUGUGAAGACUUUGUCCAUUGCUGUCCUAAGGGCAAGAAAUGUAACAUUGCUGCUAUGAAAUGUGAAGACCCUUUAUGUACCGAAGAGCCCUUGGUAAAACAGACACCUGUGCAAUCAACUACUACUCCCAAUGUGAUUGGCACACAGAAGUCUGACGUUCCCUGUAACGACACUGCAGCCUGUCCUGAUGGAAGCACAUGCUGUAAGACUAAAGAUGGAGGAUGGGCCUGCUGUCCUCUGCCUGAGGCCGUGUGUUGUGAAGACUUCAUCCACUGCUGUCCUCAUGGCAAGAAAUGUGACGUAGCUGCGGGGUCCUGUGAAGACCCUUCAGGCUCUGUGCCCUGGGUGGAGAAGGUGCCCGUCCGUCCAAUCAGGAAACAGAAAGUGGCUGUUACAACAGUCUCUCCAGUGUCUUCAGAUAUUGCCUGUAACGACACUGUGGCCUGUCCUGAUGGAAGCACCUGCUGUAAGGAUAAAGAUGGAGAAUGGGGUUGCUGUCCUCUGCCUGAGGCCGUGUGUUGUGAAGACUUCAUCCACUGCUGUCCUCAUGGUAAGAAAUGUAAUGUUGCUGCGGGGUCCUGUGAUGACCCUUCAGGCUCUGUGCCCUGGAUGGACAAGGUGCCCGUCCGUCCAAUCAAAAAACAGAAAGUGGCUGUUACACAAGCCUCAUCAGCAUCUUCAGAUGUCCCCUGUAACGACACUGCGGCCUGUCCUGAUGGAAGCACAUGCUGUAAAACUAAAGAUGGAGGAUGGGCCUGCUGUCCUCUGCCUGAGGCCGUGUGUUGUGAAGACUUCAUCCACUGCUGUCCUCAUGGCAAGAAAUGUGACGUAGCUGCGGGGUCCUGUGAAGACUCUUCAGGCUCUGUGCCAUGGGUGGAGAAGGUGCCCGUCCGUCCAAUCAGAAAACAGAAAGUGGCUAAUACAAAAGUCUCUCCAGUGUCUUCAGAUGUUGCCUGUAACGACACUGUGGCCUGUCCUGAUGGAAGCACCUGCUGUAAGGAUAAAGAUGGAGAUUGGGGCUGCUGUCCUCUGCCUGAAGCCGUGUGUUGUGAAGACUUCAUCCACUGCUGUCCUCAUGGUAAGAAAUGUAACGUUGCUGCGGGGUCCUGUGAUGACCCUUCAGGCUCUGUGCCCUGGGUGGAGAAGGUCCCCGUCCAUCUUAGAGCAGGUCAGAGGCCAUCUGGCAAAGUGAAAUGCAACGCUACUCAUGGUUGCCCUGAAUCCAGCACUUGCUGUAAGAACAUUGCUGGAGAAUGGGGCUGCUGUCCUUUCUCUCAGGCUGUGUGUUGUAGUGACGGAUUCCACUGCUGUCCUCAAGGCACCACUUGUGACUUUGUAACAUUAACCUGUAAAAGCAACAGCACGUCUGUACCAAUGUCAGUCCUUAUCCCAGCCUCAGCUAAGGAGGAACAGAGAAAGCAUGAGGAAGUGAAAGUGACAGCGGGGAAAUAUGGUAACAGGGUUCCAUGUGAUGCUCAAACAUCCUGUCCAGAUUACACCACCUGCUGUCUUAUUGCAAAAACCAACAAAUGGGGCUGUUGUCCACUGCCUAAUGCUGUAUGUUGCACAGAUGGAGAGCACUGCUGUCCGGCCCACUAUAAGUGUAACCUGAGCAGUGUGUCUUGUAUUAAGGGAGACGUGGUGAUCCCCUGGUACAAUAAAAUCGCUGCUGAAAGCACACCAGCUCCAAAGUUGGAUCUCGGCGUUGUUAAAUGCGAUGAACAGUCGAGUUGCUCUGCAGAUUCGACCUGCUGCCUCUUGUCUAAAGACGAAACGGGCUGCUGCCCUUUUCCUGAGGCUGUUUGCUGCCCAGACCAGAAGCACUGCUGUCCUGAGGGCUACAGAUGUGACCUGCGCAGACGCUCCUGUGUAAAGACCACUAGGCUGUACGUGGAAAUUACUCAACUCACUCACAUCCGCAGCAACAAGCCCCAGCCAAGUGUUGUAGUGAAGGACGUUCAGUGUGGUGGUGGAUUCAGCUGUCAUGAUGGUGAGACCUGCUGUCUAACCUCACAAACCACAUGGGGAUGUUGCCCUUCUCCAAAGGCGGUGUGCUGUGAUGAUAUGCAACACUGCUGUCCCGCGGGGUAUAAGUGUGGGCCGGGUGGCACCUGUAUUUCAGCCGGAGACUUGGACUGGAGCAACUGGGUCAACUGGAAGUUGUUCUUCUCCAAAAAGAAACGAGCCCUAACUCUAUAAACAUCACAGCAGCACAUUGAUUUUUACCAAAGACACUUACAUGCUCAAGUGUCUGAUAUUUUUUUUCACAUUUUACAUUCCUCAAUGUACUAAUCAGUGAUAAUCAGAUGAUUAAUUUCACAUGGUUGAUUUUAUUUGCAGAAGAAAAUGUUUAAUAAGGACUCAUUUUGGUAAGUUUCCAUUGUCUAAAAGGUAAUACCAACUACGCUUUAGUCAGAAAGUAUGUGUCAUUUUUGUAAAGUGUGUUCAUAAAAUGACCAUCGUUACUGCUUAGUGCUGAGGAUUUAUUUAUUUCCUAAAUUGUGUAAAAAUGUAACAUAUUAAAGCGUAGAUGACCUCUAGUGGCAUAUCUUUCAUUAUAACUCGCAUGUGGAAAUGUCAGGUUUAUAGGUUACAUUAUUUCAGACUUGACAUCAUGCAGUCUUGUGAUUAUGACUAGAUCACCCUUGACAAGGAAAUGUAUUAAAUUAAGAUCUACCAGAUAUCCUCUUUUUAAUUUCCCUUGGUCCUUACUCUUGUGUGUGUAACUUUUUUCUUCAUUAAUUUAAAGGGUUUUAAUACUAUAUUAAUUAAGCUUUGUGAAAGAUAUCUUAAAGAUUUCUCAGCAUUUCUGUAUUGAAUAUUUCUCACAACGCAUCUGAAACCUUGUCGGCUGUAAUAGAAAAAUAAAAAGAGAAAUGCUUGUGUAUUUUCUUUCGUAUCUCCUGUUCACUUUUUCCAAUUUCAUUUAUAUUUGAGCAUUUAGCAGACUAAAAUCAGUGGAAUCCAGUAUUGUUUUGAACACCAAUUACCUUUCAUUAAACUGAAAUAAACAUUCUUCUGAAUAUCUA